AUGGCUGUCUCUGAGCUUACUUGCCUCUGCUCUGCUGUCAUCCUUCAUGAUGAUAAGGUUACAGUCACAGAGGAAAAAACUAAUGUCCCCAUUAAAGCAAGAGGUGUAAAUGUUGACCUGUUCUGGCCUGGCUUAUUAGCAAAGCCCUUAAACAAUGUAAACAUUGCAAGUCUUAUCUGCAAUGUAGGAGCUGGUGGAACUGCCCUAGCACCUGGUGAUGAUGCCCCUUCUGGAGGUGCUGCUCCUGCUAGCAUAGCUGCCCCAGCUGAGGAGAAGAAGAAAGAGGAAGCAAAAAGAGAAGAAUCCAAGGAGUCUGAUGAUGACAUGGGCUUUGGUCUGUUUGAUUAA